GUUGCGCAAGUCGGGUCAAUUCGAAGUUUCGCGCCAAACCAGGGAAGCAAAGUGUAAACAGUCCCACACAGCAGAAGUUAGCUACCUCGCUAAUAACUGGGCAGAUAUCUACUUUUGAACUACUGUGAGUUUUUAAUGGAAACACAUUCGUACCUUCCCGUGCCUCCCGGGGUGGGGAUGGAAGAGAAUUUCUUAUCUCUUGAUGACAUUUUGCUUUCUCACGAGAGGCUACCCAGUCGGACAGAAUGCACAUUUCCCCGACUGGGAUUCCUGGAGAAAUCGAGUGACUCGCGAGACAUUCAAGAGGGUACGAAGAUGGAGAUGCCCCUGUUCCUGGCAAAGGGCUUGUAUGAGAGGAAGAGGCGUGUUGUCUCAGUGGAGCUGCCUAAGGUCUACAAAGAGGGCUGGAGGACUGUGUUCAACGCAGACCCCACUGUAGUAGACCUUCACAAGAUGGGACCCUAUUACUAUGGCCUCGGCUCCCAGUUGCUGCACUUUGACAGCCCUGAGAAUCCGGAGAUUGCCCAGGCAGUACUUCAGACAUUCAUUGGUCGUUUCCGCCGGACCAUGGAUUCCUCACAGAAUGCCUACAACGAAGACACGUCAGCCCUGGUGGAGCGCUUGGAUUACCUGGAGAGGGCACUGUUCAGGGCAGGGCAAAGCGGCCUCAACAGCUUCCAGAACUGGGAGAGGGGCCGCGCAUCAACCAUCACUGCCUCUAGCCUGGUGCUCAACUACCGCAAGAGGAAGAUCACUGAUCUGCAGCCCUGAGGGACUGCAAAGAUGCAUCCCAAAUGGCACCAUAUUCCCUAUACAGUGCACUACUUGGGCCCUGGUCAAAAGUAGUGCACUAUAAAGGGAAUAUGGUUCCAUUUGGAACUCAAAGCAACAGGCCAGAAGAGAAAUGACUGAGUUGGAAGGAGAGUAGUGUGGAGGUGUGUGUGUCAUAAAAGAUAAACUGAUUCCCACAUCAAACUUAGCGUUUUGCUUUUAUGUUAUGGUAUCUUGUGUGUUUUAUUUUGAGAUCUUUAUACACAUUCUGUACACAAAUGUUUUUCAAAGACUUUGUAAAUAAUUCAAAAAAUAUCUGCUUUGUGUAAUGUAAGUUUGAAUUUUUAUAAAAUUAAAGCUACCGUAGUCUUUAAA